UAUAAGACAAGCAAAUGAUGUUAAGGAAAAUCCUGGCCCUACGAUAUUUGAUAUCAUUGACCCAUUGAUAACAGCGUCUGCAGACUUCAGUCAAGGAAAUGAAGCACUCUUUGGUGAAAAUGCUGGUAAAGUAGUUUACCACGCACUGCGGACCUAUUCCAACACGCAGAGUGCGCGCUUGAUGGUCAUGAUUUCUGGCAUAUAUCGAAAUCUGCCAAUUACAAAGCUACACCAAACUUACUUGGCCAAUCAGAAAACAGUAUUUUCGAUCCUCCAAAUGAGUAUAAAAACGACGAACACUCCAGUUUAGUUAACUCAAUCAGAUCAGGAUGUCAACAAGCAGGCCUGCGAGGGUUACGAAGCAGAAAACGGCGAAACAGUCCCGAACAACUGUCAACCCGGUGGGCCAUCCAAGCGUCUUUAGCGCAGGAGACAAACUGUCAGAUAACUUAAAUCCAUCUUCCUUGUUCGCCCAAGAUACAAGUAGAACCACCGGUGGUAUAGAACAGCCAAGCGCCUUAGAUUUCAACUUAUCCUCGUCCUCGGCUAGUGAUGCGAGUCACACCAGUGGUAGCAAAGACCAUCCAAGUGCUUUGGAAUUAUCACUGUCUUCGAUGGACGACUCCAGCUCCAUGGAAAAAGAAGUCGGGCAGACAAGUUGCAUUUCACAGCAGCAACAGUGUUCCAAAAAGGAGAGCGAACCGUCCAAAGCCACCGACGAUGUUGUUAUUGCCUACGUUCAUCAGUUAUCGCCAUCAAAACGGAAUAAGAAAGAUACUCUCUACUAUUCUACUCUGUUGUUGCAAACCAGCGAAAAUGGAUGUCAAGAUGCGUUGCUUUAUUCCAAGCAGAAACAUAAACUUCUAAGCGACAGUCAAAAGUCUCACACUCCGGUGAAAAUUCAGCGAUUCACGCAUACAAGUGAUGGCAAGAAACUUAUCAUCAAUGACAUAACAAAGAUUUCUGUUCCCGAUCAAACCGAGUAUUCCUUCCAGUACUCCGUGGACACAGUGGCUACAUCACCAAUCCUUUCAGUUGCACAAAUUUUGAAUUCUUCUAGUGACUGGGUUAAAGUAAUGCACUAG